AUUAUGGGAACUGCUGAGGCUGUUUAUUCUCCAUCUCAAGGACUCAUCUGGGCUUUGGGGCUCCCAGCAUAUGCCGUAUGUUUUUUUCUGGCGUCUAAGAGAAAAUAGACGGUGAAACUCUUGGAUUUGAAAAGCCUGACAGAUCUACGCCACACUGUCACUUAACGUUCAUGGACUCACCCGUCUUGGCUCGCAACAGGGAAGGUUGUCGUUUUAGCUUCCAAGAAACAACAGACAACAUCCCGUUUAGUAAAAGCUAGCUGUUAGCAUUAGCAACUUCACCACAUGGCAGAACUCCUCCAGGCUUGUGUUAUUUGUGGAGAUAAAACAUCAACGUUGCAAGUCAGUGGUAGAGUCGUGUUUCUGUUUUCCAGUCCGAGGCAAGAAGUGAAAACUGUCAGGAAAUAAGCUGCCACACUCUGCAGCAGCAGCCUUGUCUGUGCUGAUCCAAGCAUUCAUUCUUGCAGAGACCACCACAAAUGUAUUGAUUAAACGAGUUUCCCAAAUCUUUAAAUGUCUACAAAUGAAUAAGUAAAGACUGACCAUAUUUUACAGAAUAGGACUUGAGCUGUAAAGUUUAUGUAUUUGUACUUUUAAGGGUUGGUCUGUUUGGUUGUUUCUGUUGAGGCGACUAAGUAAUUAUCAACCUUUUUUUGCACAUUAGCAGCAGGAUCAUCUUGUUUUGUCUAUGUUUGUGUUCUUAAAUGUUAAAGUUAAAGUUAAAGUCCCAUUAGUUGUCACACACACAGGUGUGUGUGUGAAAUUUGUUCUCGGCAUUUGACCCAUCCCCUGGGGGAGCGGUGAGCUGCAGACACAGCCACGCUCGGGAACCAUUUGGUGGUUUAACCCCCCAAUCCAACCCCCUUAAGGUGUCAAGCAGGGAGGCAUUGGGUCCCAUUUUUUCAAAGUCUUUGGUAUGACCCGACCAGGAAUCGAACCCCUGAUCUCCCAGUCUCAGGGCACUAGGCCACUGAGAAAGGUGUUUGUUGGUAAAAGGUGAAAGAAAUGUGUUUGUUUCUCUCCCCAGCACAGUAUCUUAUGAAUAACAUCACUGAUUUUAAAUGGAAUAAAUAAAAUACUGAAAAAUGUAUUACUGCGCCAUCACUAGCAACUUUAUCAAACACAAAAAUGGCUGUAACUGUCAAUUUAGCUGAUAUUGAGCUUAAAUUUGGUGUAGCCAUUUCAUAAACCAAUCUUUAAGUGCUAGAUUGUGUGAUAUCUUGCAAUAUUCUAUGAGAUUGCGCACAAAUCAAUUGAAAGACUAAACCAAAGUUAUUAAAAGAUGGUUUUAGUUUAAAUAUUUUUAUUUUCACAGGUGGAUUGUUCUUUGCUAAACCAAUGAGGUCGAAGCGUUAUGUCACCAUGUUGGACCCGUUUCAGGAACAUUAUGGCAAAGCGUUUACUGCAAUAAUCCUAAUUCCUGCUUUGCUCAGCGACAUAUUAUGGGUUGCCUGCAUCCUCGCUGCUCUGGGUGGAACAAUGAGCAUCAUCCUUGGACUGUCAUCUACCAUCUCCAUCAUCAUCUCAGCUGCUGUCUCCAUCAUCUACACAUUCCUAGGAGGCCUCUACUCAGUAGCAUAUACUGAUAUUAUCCAGCUCUGCUUUAUUUUUGUCAGCCUAUGGCUCUGUGUUCCUUUUUUGGUGCUAAGUCCUGCAGUUAAUGUCAUCUCACAAACUGCCCCCUUUAACCAGUCACACGGAGACGCCUGGUUAGGACGCCUGGAGCUGGAAGAUUCUGGAAAAUGGGUCGACGAGAUUCUGCUCCUGGCUUUAGGUGGACUCUCAUAUCAAGCUCUGUACCAAAGGAUCCUCUCUGCAGCCUCCUCUGUUCAGGCUCAAAUCACCUGCUAUGCUGCUGCAGGAACUGUGUUCAUUAUGGGAAUCCCUUCAGUUAUCAUUGGAGUCAUGGCUGCCUCUGCAGACUGGAACCAGACAGCUUACGGUCUCCCCUCUCCUUUUGAACGAGGAGAUGCGGGGAAGAUCCUGCCGCUUGCCCUGCAAAACCUUACUCCGACCUGGGUCGGGGUGCUGGGGAUCGGCUCUGUGGCUGCAGCUGUUAUGUCCUCCAUGGACUCCGCGUUGUUGUCCUCUGCGUCUAUGUUUACACAAAACAUUUAUAGGGCGACUCUGAGGAAGCAAGCCUCGGAGAGGGAGCUGCAGUGGGUGAUCCGUGUUAGUGUGCUGCUCGUGGGCAUAGCAGGAACUGGCCUGGCAUUUGGUGAUGACAGUGUUGCGGCUCUGUGGAUUUUAAGCGGGGACCUCAUCUACGUCGCGAUUUUCCCUCAGCUGGUCUGUGUGCUGCAUUUCCAACGUGUGAACACUUAUGGUGCUAUUAGUGGGUUUGUGGUGGGUUUGCUGCUGCGAGGGCUGAGCGGGGAGCCGAUACUUGAAAUACCCCCUCUGCUACUGUACCCUGGUUGGAGGGAGGAGAAUAAUGUUAUCACACAAUACUUUCCAUACAGGACAGUUGCCAUGUUCUCUUCUUUAACGUGCAUUUUUUUAGUGUCCUGGAUGGUGGACCUGAUUUUCAAUCAUCAGCUGGUUCCUCAGUCGUGUGACAUCCUGAAGGUUUUUAAGGACAAAAAGGAGACAGAUGGGGAGGAAACGCCUGACCUAAGAGAGGACGUGACCCGUGUUCUCAAUACGAAAUUCUAAACCAAGGAAUUUUUGUUCUGACUUCAAACGGAUCUUUCUUCUGUGGUUACCAGGAUUUCUGUCACAUCAGGAUCUGAUGAGUCCAGUUUUGAUCCAAACCACAUGUAGCAAAAAUCUUUUGUUUCUCAGUCGGGCUUAUUCCCUUGAAACCUUUAAAAAGAGGUACGUUUAUAUGAUGAUGCAACUUCGCUUUUUGUUUUCUCUAAGCAGAGAGGAAACUUUAGUGCUCAUAAAAAACCCAGAAGAGAUGAUUUGUGGUUGACCUGUUCAACACUUUCAUCUAUGAAUGUGAAUUUAAUUUAAGAAAAAGUAAUUAAGCUUAAAAAGUGUUUUUUAUUCCUUAUAGAAAAAUGUAGAAAUAGCAUUUAUUUAUUUAUUAUUUAUAGGAUUUUUUCAUUGUUAUCAUCAAAGCUAUGUUUUAAGCAACAAUUAAAAUCAAUGGAAUAAAUUCCCCAAACAAGAAUAAACGUAAGGAAUGUAAAACACGAGUUAAGACUAAUUAUACAGUAAUAGACACAUUUUUAAACUAUUAAAAUUUUUGUUUAUGUUUUAAGCUAUAAAAAAAUUAUGUACUUUGCUUGCAAGUUUUGUUUCAUAUUUUCUUUUAUCAUAAAAAAUAAACCGGUUACAAUGUAAAAUAAAAUGUUUUAGAUACAAAAUGACAUUAUACAAUCAUAUCUGUAAAAUACACAGUCACAUAAAUUUAAGGAUGUGAAUGUAUUUAUGUUGUUUAAACUAGACGUUUUACAUUUUUUGUAAUGUGCCUUUUGGUCCUGUAGGGGACAGCAGACCAACACUAACGAGCUCUGAGCGCUUUAGUUUAACCACAGUAAAAGUUUCUAUUUUCUAAAGAAAUCUUUAAACUGGGAGCACAAAAUAUGUGUCAAAGAAAUGCAAUGUAUUUAUUUUGCAAAGGAGGUCAUAUUAUUGUUUGUUUGUUUUACUUUCAGCUGUUUUCUGAUCAUUAAUUGGAUUUCAGAAAACCUGCAGCUCAAGAUCCCAUUUUAAAGUGCAUACAUGUAUCUCAUCCUCUUUAUAACUACAGUUUGCAAUAUGCAAACUGUAGUUAUUGGAUAUUUUAACAAUAGUAUAUUCAUAAAACUUUGUAAAAACUUAACUUGAGGCUUUGUGUUUGUAAAUUUGCACACAAUGAACAAACAUUUAUGUUUCACUCUGCAACUGUUACAUUUAUUUUUUAUGUCAUCAAAAUUUGACUCAUAGAAGCAUCAAGAUGAAGACGAGCAGACUCUGGUUUUUGCUUGGAAUAAAUGAAAAAUAAGAGCAGGUAGAUCCUGCUCCAUGCCGGAUUUUCUUUUUAACAUUCAGGAUGUUGUGUAGUGCAGCAUAAGCUUUGGUAUUUCUUCUGAGCGUUAAACAGUAUUACAACUUUAUUCCAGCAGCAACAACACCAUUAUCUCAGAAACACUCCAAACAAAGCAGCCAUUUAAUACUUUUCUGUGACUUUAUAAUAAUUUCUCAGGUCAAAUGUUCAUGAAUUUUUAUUUAAAUCACUGUUCAUUUUUUUCUAUUUAACUUAUGUGACUUUUAGAUCUAGUGUAUUUUGCAAAGAUGCUUUUGAUGGAGCUGAGAGUUUAGCUUGAAAUAAACUUAUUUAAAUACAAAAAGCAAAUGAAUUUUAAAGUAGUCCUUCAAAUAAUGAUGUAUUCCCCUGAUAUUCAAAGUAAUUAUUAGCACAUGGUUUCCCGAACCAAUUAAGUUCUAGAGGUAAAAUUUAGAUUUUGCAUUUUUAAAUAAUUAAACAAGUGAUUGUAUUUUUAAUUUAAUAUAAAAUAUUCCGUGGGCUACUUUUGUUACUUUUUCCACUAGGAAUCUUGUCUCUCUUUGUUUCUAUUUCUAGAUCAUGUUAUUUUGUUUGGGUGUUUGUGUAUUCCAAACAAGACAUUUUGAAUAAAAUAUUUUUUGGGGAAGAAAACGUUUUCAGAUUAAACUCCAACAAUGCUUUUUACGGUGCAGUUAUGUAAAGAUAAAACAUGAGUUUUGGUGUCUUUUAAUGUGCAGCUGUAAUCAUUAGCAUGUAUUGCGCUUGAUCAGGAUUGGGUUGCACUCAAUUACAGAUAAGAAUCCUUCUCUUUCCUAAUGGGACAAAUUUUAUUUUACUGCAUCAAUUCUUUUAAGUACUGCUAUUUGCUCAAAAAUGAACCUCAUAUGAUUUGUUUAUGCUUUUCUUUAAGAAAACUUGUUUAUUUACCAAGUAAAUUAUUUGUUCUGUUUUGUGUUUAUGACAUCCAACUAACUGGGCCUUUCCACUGGGUGUGUAUGUGCCGUGUAGACAUCUGUGUAACAUCUAUUAAAUGUAGUAUGCAGAAAUUGAUGAUGUGGUCCUGUUGGCAUCAUCAGAACGUGAUCUUCACCUUUCGCUGGAGCGGUUCGCAGCCGAGUGGGAAGAAGCUGGGAUGAGAAUCAGCUCCUCUAAAUCUGAGACCAUGGUCUUGAUUCGGAAAAGGGUAGAAUUGCCUUCUCCGGGUCAUGGAUGAGGUCCUGCCCCAAGUGGAGGAGUUUAAGUGUCUCGGGGUCUUGUUCACGAGUAAGGGAAAACUGGAGCGUGAGCUCGAUAGGCGGGCAUUGUACCGGCCUGUCGUGGUGAAGAGAGAGCUGAGUCAGAAGGCGAAGAUCUCGAUUUACCGGUUGAUCUACGUUCCUACCCUCACCUAUGGUCAUGAGCUUUGGGUAGUGACCGAAAGAACGAGAUCGCGGAUACAAGCGGCCGAAAUUAGUUUUCUCUGCAGAGUGGCCUUCCCUUAGAGAUAGGGUGAGAAGCUCGGUCAUCCGGGAGGGGCUUGGAGUAGAUCCGCUGCUCCUCCACAUCGAGAGGAGCCAGUGAGGUGGCUCGGGCAUCUGGUCAAGAUGCCUUCUGGACGCCUCCCUGGUGAGGUUUUCCAGGAACGUCCAACCGGGAGGAGGCCUAAAGGUAGACCCAGGACACGUUGGAGGGACUCUGUCUCUCACCUGGCCAGGGAACGCCUUGGGAUUCCCCCGGAGGAGCUGGCCCAAGUGGCUGGGGAGAUGGAAGUUUGGGCCUCUCGACUUAGGCUACUGCCCCUGCGACCCGACUCCGGAUAAGCGGAUGAAAAUGGAUGGAUGGAUGGAUGGACGGACGGACGGAUGGAUGGAUGUAGAAAUUAGCCGCCAUUACAGUGGAUUAGUGCAAUUCCACUGGCCGUGAAGCAUAAUGUCUGUUUUUUAAAUGGUACACUUCCAGACUGCAUCAAACUCUGCAGUUCAGAUUUAAACGCAAAAGCAGUGUAAAAUAUCCUUAAACUUUCAAAAAUAAAAGUCACAUGCAGAUUUCCAGUUUCUUUCCUGUGAAACCUUCAGAGCUGAGGUAAACAGAGCAGACAAUUAACCACAAACCUUUUUUUGAAAACAGGCUGCCAUAUUUGCUUGUUAUCGUGCUAUCCUGAAAUCACACGUGGUGUUGCAAUUCUAGUUGGAUUUUGUGACCUUAUGGGACCCGCUAUGUGGAGUUCUUUUGCUGUUUUUUCACAUCUGAAACGCUCCCAGUUGGAAUGGAGCUCACAGGUUAAACAAGUCUAUGAUGUGCUGCUUACGUGCCCAGUGAAAAGGCUGGGUUAUUCCAAAUAGAGAUUAAAGGCACUAAACAAAGUUAAAGGUAUAGCGGAGGAUCUUUUUCUCCCGAGUACAUCGUCUGAACCAUAUGUUUGCAUAAAUGUCAAUCAUUCUGGUCAACCCUUCACACAAGUCCAUCGUUGUACGUGCUUGUUGCUGGAUAGUUUUCACUUCCUGCUCAUGCGUAAAGGGAAUGUUGGCCUUCCCACACACGCCUCUCUCGCCAUUUAUCUGCUCAACAGGUAAGCUAAAGUUUGGCAUUCUAUUUGGAGAAAUUCAUUUCAGAUUACUGCUAGAAGAAGUUAGCUGCCAGGCUGGAAGCUACUUGUAAACAGAGGUUGCUCGAGGAUAAUUGGGUGUUCUCUCUCAAGUGCAUUAUUUUCAAAACAUGGGUGGUUCUUUCCUGAAAUUAAGAAUAAUUACCCACCAUACCUUUAAGGAUAUGUUUUUAAUA